AGGACGCCUAGGUGGACGCCUUAUUAGAAGGUACCCAAGCGCCUAGACUCGCCUAGUCGCCUUAACAACUAUGGAUAGGACUGCUUGGAGAUCUAAAAUUAGGGUUGUUGGUUCUAACCAUAGCGUGGGUGAACAGAACUUGGUGGGAGAAGCAACAGCUGAAUGGAAGUUCAAAAAGGAACCUUCCGAUUUGCCUGUAGAGUUUAAGUGCCCACUCUGCAACACUUUUUUCAAGGAGGCUGUGCUUAUUCCUUGCUGUCAGCAUAGUUUUUGUAAAAAAUGUAUUAGCUUUGUUCUUCUUGAGAAAAAAAUUUGCCCAAUAUGUUUCUCCAUCAAAUGCAAAGUGGAAGAUCUGCUCCCUAACUUAUCUCUGAGACAAGCAAUUGAGCAUUUUUUUGGAUCUCAAGUGCUUGGUACAGGCUCACCGAAUGAUCUGUGUCAACUUGUUCCAGACGGAGAAUCUGGAAUUCAAGCUAGGGAAAUCUCUUGUGCUGUAACUGUUAUCCAAAGGGAACCCGACAGCCCCCAUUCUCCCUCAGCUACUGGACAUGGAUCUAAUCAAGUUUUGGCAGACUCAUUCUAUGAGCCACAUAGGAGAAGUAAGCCACAUAAGAUGCACAUGUUUGAUGGAAAAAGAUCUCAAUAUGCUCACUUAAAUCCUCACGGUGGAGCAGAUGAUGUGCCAAUUACAGUGUUUGACGGAGGGAACCAGCCCUUUAACUUAUGCAAGACCCGUGUUCAUGAUGAAGGUGCAGAGACAAAGUUUUGGGCUACUGGUAGGCAUAAACAGGGGGCUCGUACUUGUUACAUAUGUGGAUCUCCGGAACAUCUUAUGAGAAACUGUACUGCCUCAAAUUCUCUCGCCAUGCCUCAAACAGGACAUCAUAUGCUGAUGGGAGGGAUGCCAGGCUAUCCAUCACCAUAUUGGAAUAACACUAUGUAUUCCCCUAUAAGCCCAUUCACACAUAUUUAUGGUAAUCCAGAAAUGAUGCCAUUCAGGGCACCCAUAAUCCCUACACCUACUUUUAGUGCUUCUCCCUAUAUGCCUUCCAUGCCCAGUGGAGUGCCUCUCAAUGGCCUAAGAAAAGAAGGUAUGGCACCUCUGAGCGGAACCCAAACUGGACACCUAUUAAACCAAAAAGAAUUUAUGGAGUCUCAACAGCCUAACAACAGAAGGAAUGUUUCAGACCAAAACUUGGACAAAUUUAGAGGAAAGCAAUGUUAUAGUAAGUAUGAUAACAAUGCAAAAGAAUGGGUCGAGUACAGACAUGCUAAAGAUAGGGAAGCAAGUACAAGUAACUCGGAUGACACCUUUGGUCAAAUAUCAAAGAGGAAACAUCAACAUGUUGACCGAAAACGUGAGAGAAGUCCUCACUCCUACAGUGCUGGAAGAGACAGAGCAUUGCUCCACACAGAGAGGUCAAUUUCUAGUUUGGAGGAUAAGUGUGAACAUCACCACAGAGACACUAGAAAACCCUACGAGAGAAGGGGGCAUGGCAGUGAUUCUAGUUGGGGACGCCAUCAUGUCCCAAAAGAAGAAUCUAGUCGUGAUUCGAGACAUAAUAAUAGGCUCGAUAAUAAAGAUCGCGGAAAUGAGUUGCGCAAUGGAAGGAGGACGAUUGUUGAUGGCUUGCCAUUUUUGAAAUUGAAUAGGAAUCUUGACAUUGGACACAAGAAAUUUAUGUUGAAUUGUGCAAAGGCUAAUAUUGGUACAAUGAAGUCUUACCGCCUGUUUAAAGAAUCUGUAGGUGGGUAUGACAACGUUGGAGCUACCGCAGUGGAUUUCAAGAACUUUAAGCGAGAUCUUAAAGCUUACAUAGCUGGUGGUGAUGCACAAAUGGUCAUUGACAAGCUUUUCAGGAAGCACGAAACAUGUUCUGCAUUUUUCUUUGAGUAUGAUGUCGAUGAAAGUGACCAACUUACAAGGCUAUUCUGGUGUGACCCCGUUGCUAGGAAGAAUUAUUCGUUGUUUGGGGAUGUUGUCUCAUUCGAUGCAACUUACGAGACAAACAGAUACAAUAUGAUUUUCGCUCCAUUCACGAGCGUAGACAAUCACUGUAAGUGCAUUACUUUUGGGGCUGGUUUGCUAACUAGGGAGGAUGACGAGUCAUAUGCAUGGCUGUUUCGUCGUUUCUUAAAUGCUAUGGGAAAUGCCCCGAAGUGCAUCAUCACUGACCAAGAUCUUUCAUUGCGAGGUGCAGCCCAAAAGGCAUUUCCCCGAACUUCACACCGGUAUUGUAUGUGGCAUAUAAUGAAAAAAGUUGGUGGUAAAGUGGAUGACGAAUUGGCUAAAGAUUCAGAGUUUCUGACAAAAUUGAAUGCAAUUGUUUGGAGUCAUUAUCUUGAGCCUAUAGAUUUUGAAAAGAAAUGGCAUGAUCUGAUGGCUGCGUAUAAUUUAGACAAUCAUAAAUGGUUUCAAAAAUUAUUUGAAAUACGUUUCUCUUGGAUCCCCGCGUACUACAGAGAUCUGUUCAUGGGUGGCUUAUUACGCACCACAUCACGGUCAGAAAGUGAAAACAGCUUCUUUGACGAUUUCACAGGACAGAAUUUUAGUCUUGUAGAACUUCUUAUGCAGUUUGAAAGUGCUGUGGACUCUCAACGGCAUAAAAAUGCUGACUUGAAUGCUGAUGAUGAAGCUUGUUACCCUGAAUUCAAGACUCCGUUGGACAUUGAGCACCACGCAGCAUCUGUUUACACAAUAACAAUUUUCUACGAGGUACAAAUGGAGAUAUCCGCAGCUUGCUUUUCUUGCUGUGUACUUCAUGUCGAAGAACUAGAUGGCCAACAGGUGCAAUAUUUAAUUAAGGAAAAAAGGGGCAUGAGUUUCAAAGUUCAAUUCUCCCGCAUUGAUGCCUCCGCAUGCUGCACCUGUAAACAUUACCACCAACGGGGUCUACUGUGCAGACAUAUUUUUCUAGUUUUCAAAGAUGAGAACAUCCGCCAGAUCCCCGACAUGUACAUUACGAGCAGGUGGUGUAAAACAAGAUUUAUUAAGCCCAUGUACGAUGUGCCCGAUGCAGAUUUUGAAGCUCUAUCCGCUGUCGAAGAAAAGAAAAUUGCAUUAAACCGCUUGUGGUCAGAUCUUUACUACUGUGUUUCUGCCGUUGAGCAAAAGCCAGAUUUGUUGGGUGGAUUUUCAAAGAUUAUUCGUCAACAGGACAUCCUCGAAGCCGCGCUACGGUCGGGUGUUGUAAAUACUCAGAACAGCAUCUUUGAAUGUUAUUACGGAGUACCUGCCCCGGCCAAUAUAACAGUUCUACCACCGCAACCUGUACACAACAAGGGAAGUGGCAAGAGAAUCAAAAGUGCAAAAGAGUUGAGCAUUGAACAAUCAAAGAAGAAUAAACGAAUGUGCAGAAAAUGUCAGCAACUUGGGUAUCAUGACAGUAGGAAUUGCCCCAAAAACAUUUCAGGGUGAUUGCGUUAGACUUUAUUUGUAAUUUUCUUAAUUUUAUUUCCUUUAUUCAAACUUUCAUUAUGCUCUCAAUACAUCGUGUGGGUUGAAUCAACAGCUUUGCAAUUG